AUGUAUGGUUCAAUUAAGCAAACCAAAAAUUUUGAAACAAUCGCUAGAGAAACUAUUGCUUUUGGACAUAGUCUUGUCCAGGCAAACAAUUCUAGUGAUUUAGAGAUCGUGAUUUAUGAAGGAGACGAUAUGUUUCCUAUAAAAACUGUAAUAGCCUCUGGCGAAUAUGAUAUUAUAAAUGGAG